AACUCCUGAAGGAGCUCUGAGAUGAAACUGAGAGCUCUGACUGGAGACUCAGGAACUCAGUUCUGUCCUGCUUGCUCAUCAUAACGAGGUCCAGCAGGGAGAUGGAGCUGAGCGCAGCAGAGUCUGGGACUUCUUCCAUCAAGAGGAUUUCACUUUGUUUUAUCAUCUGAUGCAGGAAAUACAACACGGACAUAGAUCACCAGCCUCUGAACAAAAUGCUGACUCCUUGGUGAUGGUCAGAAGAUGAACGCCUCCUCUCGCUCUGAUCCCGCAGUCAUCAUGUAUCAGCAGAGCUCGGGGUUUGACCUCAAUGCCAGCUGUGACUGGCUGACUCCUCACUGCAACUGGACGUCAGUGGACAGAGAGCCGCCGCAGCUGCCCACCUUCUCCACAGCGGCCAAAGUCCGAGUGAUCGUCACCUUCAUCCUGUGUGGCGUUUCCGUUUUCUGCAAUUUGGCUGUGCUUUGGGCGGUGAAUGGCCACAAGCGUAAAUCCCACAUCAGGGUGCUGAUAAUCAACCUGACCGUGGCCGACCUCUUGGUCACCUUCAUCGUGAUGCCCGUGGACGCAGCGUGGAACAUCACGGUCCAGUGGCUGGCCGGAGACCUGGCCUGCAGGUUUCUGAUGUUCCUCAAGCUGCAGGCCAUGUACUCGUGCGCCUUCGUCACAGUGGUGAUCAGUCUGGACAGACAGUCGGCCAUCCUCAACCCUCUGGCCAUCAGCAUGGCGCGGAGAAGGAACAGGGUCAUGCUGAUGGUGGCGUGGACUAUGAGCGCCUUGUUCUCAAUCCCUCAGAUGUUCAUUUUCCAUAAUGUGACCAUCACAUACCCAGCCAACUUUACCCAGUGCACCACUAGAGGGAGCUUUGUCACUCACUGGCAGGAAACAGCCUACAACAUGUUCACCUUCUCCUGCCUCUUCCUGCUGCCGCUGGUCAUCAUGAUCAUCUGCUACACCAGGAUCUUCAUCCAGAUCUCCAAACGGAUGACAAAGAGGGGCUUGUCCUCGGAUGAGCCACAUCUCCGUUGCUCAACGAACAACAUCCCCAAAGCUCGAAUGAGAACUCUGAAAAUGAGCAUCGUCAUAGUGAUCUGCUUCAUCGUCUGCUGGACUCCGUACUACCUGCUGGGUUUGUGGUACUGGUUCUUUCCAGACGACCUGGAGGGGAAGGUCUCCCACUCCCUCACCCACAUCCUGUUCAUCUUUGGGCUUUUCAACGCCUGCCUGGAUCCCAUCAUCUACGGCCUGUUCGCCAUACGCUUCCGCAAGGGGCUGAGAAGCUGCUGCCGCAAAGCCGCGGUGAUGUCAGAAACCAAAUAUGCUGCCGGGGCUUUGCCCUCUAAGAGAGGGAUUGCUACUGGUGAGCAGGACAGCCACUGUGGACAGGCUGAGCCAAAAUCCAAUGAUGGCAGGUCUCUGACUGCGUCCAGCCGAGGAGAACGAGGACAACCUUGCUCAUUCAGCGCUGAGAGUGCAAUAUGAUGAGUACAACCAGGAACUUUACACUGACUGGUUGACCUAUUUCCCCUUUUUUCAGGGUUAUGUGUAUACCGGACGUGUUUAUUUCACAAUCACAGCUAACGUGCAUGUGUAGAAUAAGUCUGAAAAAUUCCAUAGAUGUGUCUUUGUGUGUGUUGUGCUUGAGGCUGUCCAUCUUACUUAAGGGUUAUAUAGCA